AUGACGAAAGAAUUGGUCCGCAAGAGCAAAGAGGCUGCUGGUUUCCUUGCCUCCCUUAAUAAUGCCGAGGCAAAAAUGAAGAUGCUGCUAGAUCAAGCCGAGGCUGCCAAAAAAGCUCAAGACCAAGCCGAGGAGAAGGCGGAGGCUACCGAGGCUGUGGCAGAAGUUUUCAAAGCCCAGGUGAAGGAGGUUGAAGCAAAAACUGCCGAAGCCCAAGCAAAGCUUCGAGAUGCCUUAGCCACGAAGGAGGCCGAAAUCAAAGCCGCUGAUGAGAAGGCUUUCUCGGAAGGGCAGGCUGCUGUCUCUCCCAACAAUUCUGAGGACAAAGCCGAAGAUGAGGACCCCGAGGCUGAUGACGCUGACAAAGGGGAGGCUGCGAUUGGGGUCAAGUCCCCUACUCUAAAUGAGCAAGUCUUGGACUUCACUCAAGAUGAUGAGGACGAGAUCUCCAAAAGCACCUCUCCUAAGAAGGCGACAACUGAGGCCGAAGUCCAAGCAGUCGAGAAGAGCUUGGAUCAGACUCUAUUUGAGAUAGAUGCUGAGAUAGCGACAGAGAAGGAAUCCUUACUGCCAACCGAGGCACAACGCCAAUAG